CAAUAUCAACAACAACCUGUGCAGACUCAGCUCAGUGCAACAGCAACACAACAGUCUUUAUCAAACUAUGUUUAUGAUCCAUCAACUGGCUAUUACUUUGACUCAGCUACUGGCUUAUAUUACGAUGCAAAUACCCAGGUAUGUGAACAGUAAAACUGACUCUUUUGCAAAGGUUUGCUUAUGAAUAAAACAUUAUUUUCUGUGUCAGUUUCUGGGGAUUAUGAUGUAUUAUGUGUUAAAAAUUCUUAAGUGACGAGGUUGUCCUUAAUCCUUGUAAUCUUAAAAUUUGUCUGAUGCAAGAAAGAAUGUUAACUUAGGUUAGUUUAUUGAUAUUAAAAUUGGAACUGGAAUUUAAUGAAAUUAAGAUGUGUGUUAUUACCAACUGGAUUUGUUUUUGUUGUUUUGCGUUCAAGGGUUAAACCCUUCUCAAGAUCCUGUCUGUUGUGUUUUUAUGUUUUGAUUAAUUUGGAUUUUUAUUUGUCAUCAUUUGAGUGGGGUGCUUUUAAACCAGCUGGAUUAGGUACAGUGUAAAUGUUAAACAAAUCGACAAAAAGAUUUCCAUGGUCUGUACUCUCGUUGACCAUAGAAAUGGCAUCAAAACCCAAACUCAUAUGGAACCACAAGCCACAGGCGAGUGGUUUCACUGCAAAGUUUUGAACGUUUUGAUGUCAUGUUGUUGAUUUGUUUUUUACAGUAACAUUGACAGAUUUGACAUCCAUUUCCAUUGAGAGAAAAGUAAAUUGCACCACCAUCACGUCAUUUACAUGAUCUGUACUCUUAUGGAACAUACCGGUAGCCCUCGACCAAUCAGUGCACGAAAAAUCGCUCAGUUAUUGUAAAAACGUCUUUUUUUUCCCACAAACUAUCCAUAAUAUUUACAUUGCUUUUACAGUAUUACUAUAACAGUACUACAGGUCAGUUUCUCUAUUGGAAUGCAGAGACACAGCAGUACAUUCCAGUGGCAGCUGAUGGGUGAGUGAAGCUUUGUUUAGACAUGUUAAUUUCAAGAUAAUUUCCAGAUUCAUUCAAGUAAACUGUCAAGUAUGCCUCAGGUUUCAGAAGUGCAGUUAAAGGAGAUAAUCAGCCAGCAAGCAAUAGUGUGUUUGUUUUCCUUCUUAUUUUGAAAACUUAGUUGAAGAGUAAUGAGUGGAGGGAAAUCAAUAUAAUUAUUGAUCUUACCAUGGAGAUAUCCAAAGUUAUGCCAUUUAGAGUUGUGAGGCCUUUUUUGCAACAUUUUGUCCUGGCUUUACAUGUACUGCAUAGAGUGUAAGGUUAAUUUACUAAAAUCAUGAUAUUGACCUAAUUUCAAAGACUUGUUGCCAUUUUUUUUCAAGAGUUUUUCAAAAGUACGACUAAUAAUUAAUUAAUUUCAAUUCCUCAUGACCUGAAGGAAAUGGAUUAGGCUAGCAAUUGCACAAAAGACAGUGACUCAACUUUUCCAGUGAACUUCCAAAUCACACCAAUAUUAUUAUUGUACAUACACAUAUACACAGUUGAUGACGUCUUAGUAGUGUAUAAUAUUCUAUUUUAAAUUAUUUACUAUUUUUAGGACUUUAGCCCAUUCCACGUCAUCAAACUCCACACCAGCUGAAAACGCUGCAAACAGUGAUCCAACAACAAAAGGUACUGUAUGUAUGUUUGUUUAUGGUGGCAGUGUAACUUAUCUCAUAUGACUACAGUGUAAGUUUCAGUGUUAUUUAACAGGCGUAUUUCAUUUUGCAGAAAAACAGAAGAAAGCAAAGUCGCUACAAGCAAAAAAGGUUCGUGUGUUUAAACGAGUCUGUAAUUUCAAAAAACUAUUUUGUAUUGGCAACAACAUUUCACAAGGAUGGUAACACCAUAGGAUUCCAUUCAAAUUCCAGUCAUUUAGGGUUCUUUUUUCAUACAAGCACAGAUAAUAUAAAACAAAAGACACAAAGCACCAAACAAUACAAUCCUAUUGAGAGUUUUAUACAGUGGAAGCUCAGAUCUUAAAGGACACUCUUGUAUGCUGACAGCUCUAAUUAGGGCCUCCUUCACAAAACCCCAAUUCAACUCCCAUACAAAUCCUGUAUUUUUACAUUCCCAUAUGUGGCCAUGGACACUUGCGGGGUUUACGAGAUAGAUUUCCGCUUUGUUUUUAAGAUCCCAUAAGCAGAAAUAAAAUCUUAUUUGCCUCUUAAUAUAUCAACUUCAUAUCACUGUUCGUACAGUGUACAUCAGUUGCAACGUUUGCUUUUUCUUUUCACAUUCCCUUCACAUACCACUGGAAUUUUAUGCUUGUGGCUGAAUUACAGCAUUGUCAAUUGGAAACAACAGUAUGCCCGGCAUAUACCCAAACACUAACAAACCGUUAAAAAAUUUAUUUAUUUUUGCAUUUCUAAUGAUUAUUUGUAGUUGGGCAAGCUGUCCAGUGACCACUUAGAGAACCAUUCUCAUAAGCAGCCAGCUCCAGUAACGGAUACCUUUUUCACGCCCCUAGGGUGUCCCCUUGUAAGAGCCUCCACUGUAGUUCCUGUUAUUUGACUUAUUUGUGGGUUUUGGUUUGCAUUAUGAUAAUCUGUGCUGGUACGUGCAAAAUGUACGAAGAAUUAAAAGGUUGCAAGACAUUCUGUGUCUGACUCUUAUACUAAAAGGGCCAGACUCAAAGAAAUUGAACUGUAAGUUUAAAAUUAGCCUGCAAACACAGAUUUCAUUGUCUCUUUUCCCACCCGAGAAGUGACAGUGAAAAAUACCUCUGCAUUUGCAGGCUAGUUUAAACUGAACUUGACAUUGUUUUCUUAAGAUUGCAAAAGACAUGGAAAGAUGGGCCAAGUCUGUGAAUGCUGCCAAGACUCAGAGUGAUGAUGUUAAAAAAGGGACAACUACUUCAUCACCAUCUGAACAAAUGAAAAGUGUUGAUACAGAUAUCUUCAAAGUGGUAAGAUACAGUUUCCUCUUUAGGCAAAGAACAUGUUCUUUUACUUAGAAAUUCUCUUUCAAAAAUUAAUUUUGUCUUGUUUUGUUUAAUUUUUCAGCCAUUUGGAGUACCCCCCAAAUCAUCAUCAACAUCACUCACAAUCGCCAAGAGCAUUGCAGCUGGAUUUACUCAAGAAAUUAGUGAUAAUGUAGCAGCGUCUAGUCCUCUUGCAGCUCUUAGUAUGAAACAGGAGACCAAGAUUACAGGUAAAACUAGUAAUAACGAUGUAAAUCUUGGAACAGGGCUCUGUAAUAAGAGACAAGUUAAAGCAGUGUUUCUUGACUGAAGCCAAUCUCGCAGAAACUGUUUGAUCUCACCUGGAGAAAACCCCUCAAACAUACGCCUGCAUGGACAAAAAAAAAAAUGGGAUUAUGUUUCUCAGAGUUGUUUAUAUCCAUGGAAUAUUCCUGAAACGUGUUCUUUUUUUUUGUUCAGAUCCUACAAGAGGUGGAAUAGUAGCUGAAUAUGGUGAAGAUGAUUCCGAUCCAGAAGAGGACCUCAAUGACAAAUUUACUGACUUGAGUAUCAUGGCCUGUUUAUUGUGUAAACGACAGUUUCCUAAUAAGGAAGCUCUAGAAAGGCAUCAGAAAUUAUCCGAUUUACACAAGGUAAUUAAUUAAUGAAGGUGUGGUUAACUCUUCAGUAUACUCCGUGUUUGCUGUGCAGUNCAGCCAUUUGGAGUACCCCCCAAAUCAUCAUCAACAUCACUCACAAUCGCCAAGAGCAUUGCAGCUGGAUUUACUCAAGAAAUUAGUGAUAAUGUAGCAGCGUCUAGUCCUCUUGCAGCUCUUAGUAUGAAACAGGAGACCAAGAUUACAGGUAAAACUAGUAAUAACGAUGUAAAUCUUGGAACAGGGCUCUGUAAUAAGAGACAAGUUAAAGCAGUGUUUCUUGACUGAAGCCAAUCUCGCAGAAACUGUUUGAUCUCACCUGGAGAAAACCCCUCAAACAUACGCCUGCAUGGACAAAAAAAAAAAAUGGGAUUAUGUUUCUCAGAGUUGUUUAUAUCCAUGGAAUAUUCCUGAAACGUGUUCUUUUUUUUUGUUCAGAUCCUACAAGAGGUGGAAUAGUAGCUGAAUAUGGUGAAGAUGAUUCCGAUCCAGAAGAGGACCUCAAUGACAAAUUUACUGACUUGAGUAUCAUGGCCUGUUUAUUGUGUAAACGACAGUUUCCUAAUAAGGAAGCUCUAGAAAGGCAUCAGAAAUUAUCCGAUUUACACAAGGUAAUUAAUUAA